AUGGGAGAAACGAACAAAGAAUAUAUUCAGGAGUCGGCGGUUCCCCGGCGUUGGGAGACUCAUGGGGGCGAAGACGUGCCCGUCUAUGCCCAGGGAGUAAAUGGACACCUGUUUAGAGGGGUUGUGGAGCAGACAUUCAUUCCGUACGCCAUAUCUUAUGCCUCGUGUAUCGGUCCUUUCAAGAAGUUGUGUCAGGAACACAUUAAAAAGUCUGAACAUCGAGGCGGAGUGAUAGGCCUGUCGACGGCAUACCAUUUGAAUGAAUUGGGAUAUAAUAAUGUGAUUGUCAUCGAAAGAGAUGAGAUAACCAGUGGCACGACAUGGCAUACCAAUGGUUUGGUGUGGAGAUUACGGCCAUCAGAAACAGACAUAAAUCUCUUGAGUCGUACCCACGAGUUGGUGUCAAAGCGUUUGCUGUCUCACUCGGGAGUGGACGCCACGGGUUGGAUCAAUAACGGGGGACUAUUUUUAGCUCAUAAUACCGCACGAAUGCAAGAAUAUCAACGCCUGCACGGGAUGUCUAAAUACUAUGGCAUAGAAUCGUAUAUUUUGGACAAAAGUCAAACGAUUGACUUAUUGAAGCCAUUGAUUGACGAGAAGACCAGCGAUCUGACGGGCGGUCUCUAUAGCCCUAACGACGGCUUCGUUGACCCGCAUAUGUAUUGCUCGGCGCUUAUUAAGGCAGCAAAUAUUCAAGUGUUUAGUAAAUGUCGUUUGAUUGCUAUCAAUACCAGUGACUGCUUCUCAUUGAAUACGAGACAACGCAAAGUAAAUAAACUUAGCGUUCAGUACAAUGGACUCAGACAUGACAUCGAGACCAGUGUUGUUGUGAACAGUUCCGGUGUCUGGGCACCAAUCGUAGCUAAAUUAGCAGGAAUCGAUAAUAUACCGCAAGAAACAAUGGAGCACUCGUAUGUCAUAACAGAGCCAAUUGAGGGUGUCGUCCACAAUAAGACUCCUAAUAUCCGAGACCACGACCUGUCCAUUGCAUUUCGUGUGUCGGGCAAAAGUCUGUGUAUCGGUGGCUACGAACCGGAUCCGGUGCUCAUUAGCCAUAAAAUCUCAACGUUAGAGCCGUUCACUCUAUUUGAUCUCAAUUGGGAUAAGUUUGGCAUUCAUUUGGAAAACUCAGCCAAAUUGAUGCCAAUAAUUGGCGAAACUGGGAUCAAAGCGACCACUUGUGGGCCCGAGUCGUUCACACCCGACCACAAGCCACUGCUAGGGGAGGACCCGUUAGUCCGGGGUUUCUUUCACGCCAGUGCUUUCAACUCAUUCGGCAUCAGCCUAUCGGGAGGGGUUGGCUAUCAGAUGGCUAAAUGGCUCACUACAGGCUCACCUGACAUCGACUUAUCCGCUUAUGAUAUAAAGAGGUUUAACAGGCAUUUGAUUAAUAACAGAGUUUGGUCUCAUGAGAGAUGUCGUGAGGCGUACGCCAGAAACUACGCCCGAAACGAGACGUUCAGCGAUGCGUUAUAUGAGUUGCUUAAGAGUAAUGGUUGUGUGUAUCGCGAAAGACAUGGCAUUCAGUGUCCGGAUUGGUUUGAUUUAGUGUCGACGCCACUCACCACUGAGCAGUACAUUGAUUUGGACAACACGUACGACUGGUCUGAGGACAGUCGCCAGUGGAAAGCCAUUAAAUAUGAAUGCCAGUCAUGUCAUGAAAGGGCUGCUCUUUUCAACCUCUCAUCAAUGGCUAAGUAUUUAGUGCGCGGAGAGAAUGCACUGCAAGUAAUCGAUAGCUUGAGUCCAACUGAUGUGAAAUCAAUGCUAAAUAAUUCAACAAUUCUUUCAUAUCUACUCAAUACGAGAGGCGGUAUUACAGCCGAGAUUAUCAUCAAUAAAGUGAAUGACAAUCAGUUUUACAUCACAUGCGCCGACAUCUCCACUAAUCAUGCUAUGAAAAUGCGUUUAAUACGCUUCUCGCAAGUGUCUCACACGGGAUGGGAAUUGCAUUUAAAUAACGGCCAACACUUGAAAACAAUUUACAAUAAAAUCAUAGCCAAUGAUUUGGUAGCAAAUGCCGGUUACAGAGCUUACGAGUCCCUGAAAAACGAGAACCAAUGGCUGUCCGGGUGUCUGGACAUGAGAUCCGAGGACAUGCUAUGGGAUGUGGGACUCGACACUCAUAUCUGUGAACACAAACGAAAACAAUAUACGGAUUACAAAGAUAUGAGAAGCGAAGACCAAAAUAAGCAUUACGUUUGGAUCAGACCCGAGAACAAGAGACCCAUAGUGUGCGGACUCGAACCCAUUUGGUCGGACUCCCAGGCCAUUGGUUUUGUGCGUAAAAAUUUCUACUCUCAUAAAAGUCAACGAAUGCUAGCAUUUGGACUCAUUUACGACAAGUUCUUGAAGAACUCAAACAUACCCUCGAGUGUCGAGAUUGAGAUAUUUGGCAACUUGUAUCAAGCAAAAGUUGACAAAGUGGUUUGCAAACAAACCUAA